AUGAAAUACGUCGCUCUCGCUCUCGCCUUCGCCUGGCACGGCCUCAUAACGCACCGAACAGUCCACAAAUCGGAGCCCAAUAGUCGCGUCCCCUUUCCCAUGCGAGCCAUGUCCUUCUUAAACAGCGACAGACCAGAUGUCUCUGCUACACCCACUGGGCCAGCCACGGACGGCGCCAGCUCUAGUGAUGACAGGCUGCGAACAAACCUGAACCCGUACCCUGGUCUUACACUGCCGCCAGUCGAGAUGACGACGCCUACUUCCGCAUUGAGACGAGGAUUGAAGCCACUGCUGCAGGCUGAGGUUGACCGCCCCAAGACCAAGACCUUCUUUUGUGAAAAUCUACGGCACGGUCCCCAUCUCUUUAUGGCAAAGGCUGAUGAAGGCUGA